AUGCGUACGUUAAAGUGGGAUCCUUGGUUUACACCCGAGGAGGAGACUAGUAUUGCCAUUGCAUGGAUAUCAUUCCCUAAUCUAGCUCCUAAUUAUUAUGGUGAGUCUCAAUUAUUCUCUAUGGCAUCUGCAGUGGGAAGGCCUCUAACUCUAGAUUUGGCCACAAAGAACAAGACUCGACCUAGUUGUGCUCGAGUGAAAGUGGAAGUUGAUUUAUUAAAAGAUCAUCCUAAAAGAGUUGCUAUAAAAGCUGUUGCUAGUACUGGGGAAACUAGGACUAAGUGGGUGAACAUACAAUAUGAUUUUCUGCCUAAAUAUUGUAAAACAUGUUGUCUACAAGGUCAUAAUGAAGAGGGUUGCUUGAAACUCAAUCCUAGUUUACUGCCUAAAGAUGAUACUGAAGAUGAAGAAGCUGAGGUAGAGUUUGGUUUGGGAGAAGCACCAGAGGUGCAAGUUGACAAUGGUAAAUAG